GCAGACAGAUAGGCCGUUGAAACAAUGGGAGCACAACACCGCAGAUUGCCGAUGCUAGGAAGAGAGAUGACGGGGCUGGUCGAACAAAUGCGGAGAGGAGUGUCGUCCACGUGGAUCAAUACUGAAGAGCGUGCAGGCGCCUCCACCUUUUGCUACGAGCAGUACUCUCGCGCCGCGGACACGCGUCGCACGCUCCUCCACCGCGUCGGUCCUUCGUGCAAAGGUCCGAGGGUUGACACGGGGACGCCGUCGUUGCCCGCCGACGUUGUCCUUCGUCCUCGCCCUGCGGGAGGAUGCGAAUCACCCGUCGAUCGAGAGGAAAGGAUCCUUAGAUCUCGUGCGCGACGUGCCUUACUCGUUUCCCGCUUACUCAAUGCACUUUUCUCUCAUCUUCAUUCCGUGAUACAUCCGGAGAGACACAACACGAGAGACGCUCUUGGAUUUGUUUGCUCGCGUGUGACAAGAUCUACACCGUGGAUGCAGCCGAGAGCUGGCAGUGGUGGGGCCCACGCGGGCGGGACAGGUGACGAUGAGGCCCCGAAAGAUCCGGGGGCGCGGAUCACCCAUCAAUCUUAUACGGAAAAGGAUUAUGAAGGUCACAGGGCGCACACGGUGUACGUGGGCGUGCAUCUGCCGGGGGAGAGGAGACAUCGUCGGCAUAAGCACCAUCAUUCACAACGGCAGUCGUACACCUGCGGUAAAGAAGAUGCCGACAACGAGAGACCAAGACAAUUGUUGAUGGCGCGCAGGCGUCUCGCUAGCAUCUGCGACCCCGCCGGCGAGAUGAUAUUCACACCACCAGCCCAGAGAGUGCAGUUUAUUCUUGGCGAGGAAGUCGGUGACGAUGCGCACGAAUCGCAUCCGCUCUUCUCAGAGAUGGAGGAGCUAGUCAAGGAUGGCGACGAGAUGGAAUGGAAGGAGACGGCGAGAUGGAUCAAGUUUGAGGAAGAUGUCGAGGAAGGUGGCAAUAGGUGGAGUAAACCUCACGUUGCCACAUUAUCACUGCACUCACUUUUCGAGUUGAGGAGUCUUCUUUUAAAUGGAACAGUCAUGCUCGAUAUGGAAGCAGCCAGUUUGGAGCAGAUAGCUGAUCUCGUUCUUGAUAACAUGAUUAAUAAAGGAGUACUGCCGGUUGAAUUGCGAGAAAAGGUGAAAGAAGCCCUUCUCGUGAGACAUCGGCAUCAACAUGAAAGACGUAAAGACAAUAACAUGUCGAAGUUACCGAUCAUAAGAUCGUUAGCUGAGAUAGGACGCAAUCAUUCCUCUUCGAAAAAUUGCGACUGUUCAUGUGGUAUGCAUGCCUUGUUGACGUCAGAUUUGCAGGAACGUCCCAAGGAUGCCUAUGUACCCUCCGUCGCCCGCAGCAGCAGCUGCCCAAACUCGGACACGGCGCCGCUGUCGAAAGAGGCGAAAGACCUUAAAGGGCCGUACCUUCUGGUUCCAGACGAAUUUGGCAUACCCCACGUGGUGGGAUUCACAACGUGGUUCGCGAUGUGUCCGCUAAAAGUGGAGGAAUCGAAUUCCGCUCCGGCAAUCGCCGGCGCAACAAGUCAUGGCAGUGGAGCAGCGCUGAAUGUUGGUAGCCGCUUCCUUACGAUACCCGGCAAUCCCGGCCAAGAACCAGGCAGCAAUGGUAUGGACCGAAGUCCCAGCAGCAUAUCCAUCAGCAGGAAUCACAGCUCUUCUGCAUUGGAGAAUGGAGAUGCUAAUCAUAGGGGUAAUACGCACUUUAUGAGAAAGAUACCAGCCGGUGCCGAGGCGAGCAACAUACUCGUGGGUGAAGUCGAUUUCCUCGACAAAACUUUGUCCGCAUUCAUCCGACUAAGUCAGGCUGGGAUAAUGGGUGACCUGACAGAAGUUCCUGUUCCGACAAGAUUCAUCUUUGUUCUUUUAGGACCGAUGGGCGGGAAUUCGGGUUUUCACGAGAUCGGUCGGGCUAUGGCGACCUUGAUGUCCGACGAAGUCUUCCAUGACGUGGCUUACAAAGCGAAAAACAGAAAUCAUCUCUUAGCUGGGAUCGAUGAGUUCCUAGACGCCGUGACGGUAUUACCGCCCGGUGAAUGGGAUCCGGCAAUCCGAAUAGAACCACCAGCUGCUAUACCAUCACAGGAAGUCAGGAAGAGGCCCAAGGAGGAAAAGCCUAAGGAAGACUUCGACGAGGAGGCUGAUGAACAGAAGCUGAGGGAGGAGUCGGGUCUUUCGAGAUCCGGAAAAUUAUUUGGAGGAUUGAUUAAUGACAUUAAAAGGAAAGCUCCGUUUUAUUUAUCUGAUUUCAAAGACGCCCUGGCGCUUCAAUGCGUAGCGUCUUUCAUCUUCUUGUAUUUCGCUUGUUUGUCGCCAAUAAUUACCUUCGGUGGACUGCUCGGUGAGGCUACUGGGAAGCACAUGGCCGCGAUGGAAUCACUAGUCUCCGGUUUCGUUUGUGGCAUAGGAUAUGGGUUCUUUUCCGGCCAACCCCUAACUAUACUCGGUUCUACCGGCCCGGUUUUGGUUUUCGAGACAAUCGUCUAUGAAUUCUGCAAAAAGGUCGACUGGAAUUAUAUGUCUUUUCGCUUCUGGAUCGGCACAUGGAUAGCCUCGAUUCUACUCAUCCUCGUGGCUCUUGACGCGAGUGCUUGCGUCUGUUACAUCACUCGAUUUACAGAGGAGAAUUUUGCAACUCUCAUCGCCUUCAUCUUUAUCUAUAAGGCUAUCGAGAAUGUAUUGUCGAUCGGCAAGAAAUAUCCUUUGAAUACCUAUUCAAGCGAAACAUUGGACUACAAUUGCUGGUGCAAAUCACCAAACAUCAGUCUGCCAUCCAGUUAUGAUAACGUGAAUUGGACGACAUUGGAUAAAACAGCUUGCGAGAAUUACAAUGGUACGAUGGUGGGCGACGGCUGCAACGCACCGCAUUAUGUACCCGAUGUGUUCCUCAUGUCAAUUAUUCUAUUCAUAGGCACGUUCUUAUUGUCAAUCGAGCUCAAGGAUUUCAAGAACGCUUUAUUUUUCCCCUCGAAGGUAAGACAAGUGGUGAGCGACUUCGCAGUAAUAAUCGCAAUAUUCUCUAUGAGCACAUUGGAUCAUUUCGUGGGCAUCCCAACGCCAAAGUUGGAGGUACCGGCAGAGUUCAAACCAACGUUAGAAGAACGAGGAUGGAUAAUUUCGCCUUUUCAGCAAAAUCCAUUGUGGAGUGCUAUUAUCGCAUGCCUCCCCGCUUUAUUGGGCACUAUAUUAAUCUUCAUGGAUCAGCAAAUCACAGCCGUUAUUGUUAAUAGAAAAGAGAACAAAUUAAAGAAAGGAUGCGGAUAUCAUCUGGACCUCUUCAUUCUGGCGAUUCUUAUCCAGAUAUGCUCGGUGAUGGGACUUCCAUGGUUCGUCGCAGCGACGGUCCUCUCCAUAAAUCACGUGAACUCCUUGAAGCUAGAAUCUGAAUGCGCUGCGCCGGGUGAGAAGCCGCAAUUUUUGGGUGUUCGCGAGCAGAGAGUUACUCAUGUAUUGAUUUUCCUGAUGAUCGGAUGCUCGGUGUUCCUAACACCAAUGUUGAGGAAUAUACCGAUGCCGGUGUUGUUCGGUGUCUUCCUGUACAUGGGCGUCGCGUCGUUGAAGGGUCUCCAGUUCUUCGAUAGAAUUCUGAUUAUGCUGAUGCCCGUCAAAUAUCAACCAGAUUACAUGUUCCUUCGGCAGGUGCCAUUAAAGCGCGUACAUAUGUUCACUGUAAUCCAGCUUGCCUGCCUCGCCUGUUUAUGGAUUAUAAAAUCUUUCAGUUCUACUUCUAUCCUAUUUCCCUUAAUGCUCGUGGUAAUGAUUGGCAUCCGUAAAUCCCUGGAUCUGAUGUUUACGCAACGCGAGUUGAAGAUCCUCGACGAUAUAAUGCCGGAAACGAGCAAAAAACACGCCGAGGAGCUUCGGAAACUGGAGAAUGGCGAGGAUCCGACCGAGACGAUGGGAUAUGGACCACCGGGAAAUAUUCAAAUUUCUUUGGCUAAUGGGAAUAUCAUGAAGAUUCCUCUAGCGAGUAUCAAUAUCAGCGAGGAGGUGAAUAAGACCGGUAUCUGGCAACAGGUCAACGAAGGCAACGAAAAAUUAAAGCAAUCAAAAUCACUAAUCAAUGUAGGAAAACAAAAGAAGCAUCCGAAGAAGGACAUCUCGCUGUUGACCGAUGAGACAACGAGACUGACGACGAUGACCGAAGAAGACGAAGAUGACAGUGGAAUCUCUAUCAAGGUGACAAACGUAGAUUUAAUACGAUCCAAGGAAAGCAUCAAUUCUUUAAAAGCAAAUGGUACUACCUCAGCCGAAACUUCCGUUUAAUAAGAAGACAGCAGAAAUGAAUUAUUAAAUAUAUAUUAGUGCGGCAUAUAAUUAUUAUUAAUUUAUUAUUAAUUUUAUUAUUAAUCAUUUCAUUUCGAUACUGUUUCUCUUUCUAUAACCUCUAUUCUGAUCUCAUAAAUCACCAUUGAACUGACGAUUUGAAAUGAUAAUUAUGUCUAAUUUCCCAAAUAUGAUUAUCCUUAUCCAAAGGGAUAUCUAUAAAAAAUAAACAUUAUCAUUAUUUUUUAUUAAUUGUCUCUUUAAUGUAUUAUAUUUGUAUUAUAUUUAGCGAACAAUGCGUGCGUCGAAUUUCGCGAUCCUCUGCGAUUUAUACUCAAUUGUAAAUGAGAUUCUCUCUGAUCAUACACAUUCUAACAAUGUAUAUAGAACAAUUCAACAAGAUUCGCUAAUAGUGUCCAAUUGUGAUUUUAUGAAAUAUUUCCCUCUCGAUAUUAGUACAGGUUGCUAAAACCGUUUGAUGUUCAUAUAAAAACAAUUAUAAAGUAUGUGGGAACAGAAGAGACAACGUAUAUCUAUAUUCUUUCUAAUAAUUAUUUAAUAAAUAAUUCUUUUUUAUUAAUUUAAUCAUAUACCAGGAGAGACCAUAAGAAGAAUUCUAAAGUUCGAAAAAAUUCUUUGAAAUAAUAAGGCGUACGAUAAAACAUGUUUCUAUGUUUAGUGACGACAGAAUGUAAAAUAUAAUAUACUUCUAUAUUAUUAUAUAUCUUUCUUUAAACGAUAUACACGAUUUGAAUUAAUAAGAUUUAUAUGAUUUAUAUAAGCCAAUAAUAAUAGUAUAUCUAUGCUAGAAAUUCAUGAAGGGACGCACAUUUUUCCAAAUUGCGACACUAAACAAACAUAUACAUGGCAUUUAUAAAAUAUAAGAAA